AUGGGUGCCGCAAUGGGCACGGGCGCACGGCUGGCUCUCCUGCCAGGCCGGGCCUGCAGCGUCCUUCCGCACUGGGCGCCCUCCGCGCCCUCCCGAGGCUGCCACUCCAAGGCCAGCUCGGCGCGCCCAGUUCCCCUGAAGAAGCGCGGAUACGAUGUCACCAGGAACCCGCAUCUCAACAAGGGUAUGGCCUUUACCCUUGAAGAAAGGAUACAGCUUGGAAUCCAUGGCCUAAUCCCCCCCUGCUUCCUGAGCCAGGAUGUCCAGCUCCUCCGGAUCAUGAGAUCCUACGAGCGGCAGCAGAGUGACCUGGACAAGUACAUCAUUCUCAUGACUCUCCAAGACCGGAAUGAGAAGCUCUUCUACCGAGUGUUGACCUCGGAUGUGGAAAAGUUCAUGCCGAUUGUCUACACACCCACCGUGGGGCUGGCCUGUCAGCAGUAUGGCCUGGCCUUCCGCAGGCCUCGUGGGCUGUUUAUCACCAUUCAUGACAAGGGCCACAUUGCAACAAUGCUGAACUCUUGGCCAGAAGAAAAUAUUAAGGCCGUGGUGGUGACUGAUGGGGAACGCAUACUGGGCUUGGGUGACCUGGGCUGCUAUGGCAUGGGCAUCCCUGUGGGAAAACUGGCCCUUUACACCGCGUGCGGCGGGGUGAACCCACAGCAGUGCCUCCCUGUUCUGCUGGACGUUGGCACCAACAACAAGGAACUGCUUAGAGACCCUCUGUACAUUGGCCUGAAACACCAGCGUGUGCGUGGUAAAGAGUAUGACGACCUGCUGGACGAGUUCAUGACGGCCGUAACAGACAAGUGGGGAAUGAGCUGUGAGGUGGGUUUUAAUGGUGCCAAUAUUAAUUCGUUCAUGCUUGAAUCGGAAUGGAUUAACCAGAGAUGCACAUUCUCCCACUCUGUUGCAGGCACAGCCUCUGUUGCUGUGGCAGGUAUCCUGGCCGCUCUGCGAAUCACCAAAAACAAGCUCUCCAAUCAUGUGUUUGUUUUCCAAGGUGCAGGUGAGGCAGCCAUGGGCAUUGCCCACCUCCUUGUCAUGGCCCUAGAGAAAGAAGGCAUACCCAAAGCAGAGGCCACAAGGAAGAUCUGGAUGGUGGACUCCAAGGGGCUCAUUGUCAAGGGAAGGAGUCACCUGAACCAUGAGAAAGAGAUAUUUGCCCAGGAUCAUCCUGAAGUAAAGUCCCUGGAGGAGGUGGUGAGGCUGGUGAAGCCCACAGCUAUCAUAGGUGUUGCCGCCAUCGCAGGAGCCUUCACGGACCAGAUUCUGAGGGACAUGGCCUCCUACCACGAGCGCCCUAUCAUCUUUGCCCUGAGCAACCCCACCAGCAAGGCUGAGUGCACAGCUGAGAAGUGCUAUCGGGUCACCGAGGGCCGAGGGAUCUUUGCCAGUGGAAGUCCUUUUAAGAGUGUGACCCUGGAAGACGGCAGGACCUUCAUUCCUGGGCAGGGAAAUAACGCCUAUGUGUUCCCUGGAGUGGCACUGGGAGUCAUUGCCGGCAGGAUCCGGCACAUCCCAGACGAGCUCUUCCUUCUGACAGCAGAGCAAAUUGCCCAGGAAGUCUCUGAGCAGCAUCUGUCCCAGGGGAGACUGUACCCACCACUCAGCACCAUCCGAGAUGUGUCUCUGAGAAUCGCCAUCAAAGUUCUUGACUACGCGUACAAACACAGCCUGGCCUCCUACUACCCGGAGCCCAAAGACAAGGAGGCUUUUGUAAGAUCCCUGGUCUACACUCCAGACUAUGACUCAUUUACGCUGGACAGCUACACUUGGCCCAAGGAAGCCAUGAAUGUGCAGACGGUCUGA